AUGAGUGCAAAAGAAUUGACUUAAGUCUAAUUUAAAUAAUAGGGUUUAAUAUAUAAGGAUGAGAAAAAAGAAGAAGAAUGGCUAGAUGAAUUUUUUAAUGAUGAUUGUAAAAAUGGUUCAUAUAAAAAAGAUAUUCGAAGUUGUUCUUUGGUUUAAUAAAAGGGUAAAAGUUUUUAAUUUGUACAUAAAUCUAUUUAAAAAUUUCUGAUUGCAGCUGAUUUGUUUGAGAUUUUAUUAUAAUCAAAAUAAUUUGAUGCAAGGAUAUAUAGCACAAUACUAGAAAUACAAUUUUCAUAAAAUAAAAAUGAAAGUUUAGGAUGUUAUAUAAAGUAGAUAACUGAAAAACACUUUUUAAAAAUAUUUUCCAUGAAAAAUCUUUUAUCUUAUUAAAAAUAAUAAGAGAAAAAUGCUAUUGAAGAAAAAGUUAAGAAAACUAUUGAAUUUGUUUAUAAAUUAAGAAAUCAUGAUUUUAAUAUUAUCAAUUAUUCAACCAAAACUUAUGAAGAAAGUAGAAAAUUUCUGAUAUAAAAAAUAUAGAAAGAUCAAAAUAUUAUAUAAUUUUUGAAAUUCAUAGUCCAUCUUACAUCCAUAGAUGAAGGAUUAAUUUAGGGUGGAUCUAAUUCAUUGAAUAUUUUGGUUGAAAAGAAAGUUGAUCUCACAUAAUAAUCUUUUAGAAAUGUUAGAAUUAAAAAUACUUCUCUCAUUGGAGCUAGCUUUUCAUAAUGUGAUUUAAGUGGAUCUGAAUUUGAAAAUGUCAUAAUUCAUGGAAUCAAUUUAAAUUGUGCAAUAUUAAUUUUAUAUGGAAAAAUCUUUAAAUAAAUGAGUUACAUAAAAUAGAAGGACAUAAUGGAACUGUAAAUUCAGUAUCCUAUUCUUAUGAUGGUAAUAUAAUAGCUUCUGGUAGUAGCGAUAAAACUAUUCAUUUAUGGGAUGUAAAGUCAGGAGAAGUAUUGAAUAAAUUAUAUGGACAUAAUGUUUCAGUUAAAUCAGUAAGUUUUUCUGAUGGUUUGACCCUAGCAUCUGGUAGUGAAGAUAAUUCUAUCCGUAUAUAGGAUAUUAAUUCUGGAUAAGAAAUACUAACCUUACUAGGACAUGAUCGAGGAGUUAUAACUUUAUUUUUCUCUUCUAAUGCUAGUUUAUUAGCAUCAGGUAGUUGGGAUAAAUCCAUCCAUUUUUGGAAUGUAAAUUCUGCAGAAUUAAUCAAAAUAUUACAAGGACAUAGUGAAGGAGUUUAAUCAGUAUGCUUUUCUCCUGAUGAUACAAUAUUAGCUUCUUGCAGUAGAGACAAAUCUAUAUUUAUAUGGAGUGUAAGGUCAGGUGAUAAAAAGAAAAUUCAUGUUGAAAGAAACGGAGGUUUGAUUUCUUUGUCCUUCUCUCCAGAUGGUUCCAUAUUAGUAUGUGAUAAAUCUAUCCAGUUUUUUGAUAUAAAGUUAGGAACUUUUACAAAAAUUUUAUAGGGACAUGAGGGAAUUGUUACUUCUGUGAGCUUUUCUCCAGACGGACUUUAAUUAGCAUCAGGGAGUUCUGAUAAAUCUAUCCGUUUAUGGGAUAUAGAGUCUGGAAAAGAAAAAAAAAUAAUAAAUGGACAUGAUGGAAGUAUUUAUUGAUUAUGCUUCUCUCCAGAUGGCAUCAAAUUAGCCUCUGGUGGUGAAGAUAAAUCCAUCUAUUUAUGGGAUGUUAAAUCAGGAGAAAAAACUAAAAUAUUAAAAGGACAUAAUGGAUAAGUUUCAUCCCUAUGCUUCUCUACUGAUGGCACUGUAUUAGCCUCUGGUAGUUGGGAUAAUACUAUUCGUUUAUGGGAUGUAAAAUUGGGGGAAGGAAAGUGUAUAUUGCAAGGCCAUAAUGAUUAUGUCUUAUCAAUUUGUUUUUCUCCCGAUAGUUCUAUUUUAGUAUCUAGAAGCAUCGAUAAAUCAAUUUGUAUAUGGAAUAUAAACUGUUAAUAAGAAAAAGAAAUAUUUCCAUAAAGCCUAGUUUCUGAUGGCCUUUUACCUAAAUCCAUUAAAUAUAAUUUAAUUCAAUAUAUAUUUAAAAAAUUUAAUACGGUAAUUAAAUUUACUCCCAAGCCGAUAAUCAUUUAUAACAGAUUAGAUAGUGUAAUACUUCAAAUAAAUUAAAAAAUCCAAUAUUCUAUUCAAAUAUAAAAAAUUAUUUUUUAAGUUCAAGAUAUCGUUACCCUUAUCAGAAUUUGA